UCAGGAAGGAUAUUUUUUUAAACCAUUGCAACGAAGAAACGAUACUGUGCUGCGGCAGAUGCAAACAUGUAGACCCAGCGCUUGUGAAUCGUCUAGAACUCAGCUGAUCUGUAAACCUUCUCCACCUCUGGUCCUCCUCUCCAAAGACAGAAUGUAUCGAGCUGUUCAACUGGUGAUUGUACUGUUUGUCCUCACUAAAAUCACACGGGGAGUUGAUACUGAGAUUGCUUCGGCCGACGGGGGCUCGGUGAUGUUUCCCGGGGUGGGUGCCGAUCGAUGCAGCGGUGUGGCGGUGUUCCAGUGGAAGAAGGCCGGCGGGACGGCCGGGAAGGGAAGCGCGAUGAAGCCCGUGCUGCAGUUUCACUCGGGAUCCCGGGAACCAGCUGUGAUCCGGAGUUACGCAGGACGCCUCACUUUCUUCCCACACAACGGGUCGAUGGCCUUCCAUAAUCUCACCCAACAAGAUGCUGGACUCUACCAACUCUACAUCAAUCUGCAGAAGGAUGCCAUCCAAUCUGUCAGGCUGACAGUCAUGGACAGGCUGAGCGAGGUGUCGGUGUGGAGUAACUCCAGCUCUCUGGGUUCUGCCGUCCAGCUCAGCUGCGCUGUGGUUGGGAAUCCUCACGAGUACCAGUGGCGGAAAGAUGGAGGUGACAUAUCCCGACAUCAUCAACUCAUGAACGGGAACAUGAACCUCAUCAUCCCGAGGGCUUCCAGCAUCGACUGUGGGACUUACACCUGCAUCGCGAGCAACCCCGUCAGCUCCGCCCAGAAAAACCUCACCCUGACGAUCUACGGUGUUCCCGCAGAGCAGAUUGUGGUCAUGAUGGUUUGGGGAUCGGGACUGUUGUAUUCUGGUUUGUCUCUUAUUGGCUCGACAUUUCUGUGUGCCUAUAAGUGUGCGCCGAUAACAGAAUCUGGGAAGAUAUUAUUUCAACUCCUGACAUGGCUUUCCAGUUGGAAUACACCAUCUCUUGUCAUCAUCCACAUUGCCCUCGUUUCCUGGAUCGUUAUUAAAGCACUGAUUGUGCCGGGGGAGCUCCAAGCAAGACCAUUCGCCCCAUCGCCAACGCUGCAAUCCCCUUACGGCUGCAGACGGUCGCUUCCUCGAUCGGCUCUGCGGCCUUCGAUCGAUGGAGCUGGAAGCCUCAUCGGACUGUCGUGGACCCCACCGCAGGGCGCGGACUUAACAUCGGAGCUGAUCCCUUGCCUGCGAUCACUCCCACGCGGAAUUAACACCAGGGGCUCGCAGUCUCGAGUGAGGCUAGUCAGGGGCUCUAACGCCGCAGAAGGUUCGUCCAGCCCCGACAUGAGGUUCGAUUGCCCGGUGCGAGGGAGCUGA